AUGCUGCAGGGUAGAAUACCCUGUUUCGUAUGCGGCUUCGGUAACCGUUACCCCGCCACCGAGCAAAAGCCGGCGCGCCAGGGCCAGCCGGUGCGCUUUCAGGUACCCGAACACCCUUCGCCAGCUGCCGUAAAGACGGCGGGUGCUGAAUGUCGCGCAACAGCGCUUCCCUUGCGGCGUAGAUCCUUUCCAUGUCUGCCGCGCGCAAUGGAGCGGGCUUCCCCGCCAGCUCCGCCUGCCGGCACCGGAGCGCCUGCAGUUCAAGCGCCCUGGCUUGCAGCAACAGCUGCUGCCAGCCGCCGGUGUACAAUAUUUCCUUCACUCCGGGGCUAUCGGUCAUUUCCAUAA